AUGGCGUCCGUUUUAAGGAAUACACGAACCUUACAGUGUUCGUUUCGUUUGUACAGAACAUUAGUUAGUAAGCGACCAGGGACCGUUAUUUUGCGCCGGGGACUUACAAAACUGGUUAUUCCGUUGCAUACCAGGCAAUUUCCGUGGAAAGCUGCGUUGGGCUCUGCAUUUUCUCUCGGAGCAGUGUGGUGUGUUGCAGCGUCCAGCCGGACUGUGAAUCCGAAUGAGGAGAAACUAUUGCGCGCGGCAAAAAUUGGAGACGUGGAUGAACUCAAGCGACUGCUGUCGACUGUUAAGGUCGAUCCGAAUUGCAGGCACCCACUGGGUUGGACUCCGUUACAUGUCGCAGCCAUUAAUGGAUACCACGAAUGCAUCGUAGCCCUUUUGAAUGCUGGCGCUGACAUUGAUGCAGGCGACGAAUUCAUCAAUGUUUAUCAGACGGCGCGUGAGAAGAACAUGAACUCCCUCGAGGUCCUGGUGACUCGCGAAGACGAGUUUAGCAAUCGGCUCAGCAACAGGGCAUCGUUUAGCGGUUGCACAGCGCUCCAUUACGCGAUCCUCGCCAAUGAUAUGGAAACCAUACGUACACUUCUUGAACGGGGAGCCAAUCCGGUGCAUGCGAACGACCAGGGACAUGUUCCGGCAGACUAUUCCCGCGACUUGGAAGUGAAGAAACUGCUUCAAGAGCACGCCGAUAGGUACAUGGAAAAAAAGAAAAAACUGGAAGCGGAGGAGAGACGUCGAUUUCCGCUGGAGCAACGGGUGAAGCAAGUGAUUGUUGGACAAGAAGGUGCAAUCGCAAUCGUGGCAGCGAGCAUUCGCAGGAAGGAACUGGGCUGGUUCGACGAGGAACAUCCCCUGGUCUUCCUGUUCCUGGGAUCGUCCGGUAUCGGAAAGACGGAACUGGCGAAGCAGAUCGCGGAAUACCUCCACGGCGGAAAAAAAGCGAAAGAGAGCAAGAAAGGGAGUCCGUUCAUCCGACUUGACAUGUCGGAGUACCAGGAGAAACACGAAGUUGCCAAGUUGAUCGGGUCCCCUCCUGGUUACAUUGGACAUGACGAAGGUGGCCAGCUGACCCAACGCCUGCGUGACUUUCCCAAUGCCGUUGUAUUGCUCGACGAGGUGGACAAAGCUCACCCGGACGUCCUGACUGUCCUGCUCCAGCUCUUCGACGAAGGUCGUUUGACGGACGGAAAAGGAAAAACUAUCGUCUGUAAGGACGCCAUCUUCGUGAUGACUUCCAAUCUCGCCAGCGACGAAAUUGCGGAACACGCUACAGACCUACGAAGAGAAGCCGAACGCAUUGCUCGACAGCGAAGGAUGGCGGCAGCCAGCGGACUGCCGGACGACAAGAUCGACGACAUCCCGGUCAGCAUACAGAACGAGUUCAAGGAACACGUCGUACGGCCGAUUUUGAAGCGUCACUUCAGGCGCGACGAGUUCCUGGGACGCAUAAACGAGAUAGUUUACUUCCUGCCAUUUUCGCGGCAGGAGUUGACAACACUGGUGACCAGAGAGUUGGAGAGCUGGAUGAGGCGAGCUAAGGAACGCCACGGAAUUGAGCUGACGUGGGAGAGGAGGGUGGUGGAAGUUUUAGCAGACGGCUACAACAUCCACUACGGAGCCCGUUCGGUCAAGCACGAGGUGGAAAGGCAGGUGGUGAAUCGGUUGGCGGAAGCGCACGAGAAGCAUCAGAUUGACACAGGCUGUGCCGUCCAUUUGGUUGUUGAGGACCCAGAUCAUGGUGAUGGAAAGCCUCGCGUAGCGCUGCUGAUAAAGCCCAAGUCAAAGAAAGGCCUCUCGCUGGACUUGCCGUUCAGUAACGACACACCCUUGAACUUGGAUGGUGUGUAACAGCAGUUUGUUUGAAGUGCAAAGUUGCAGUUGGACUGAUUUCAUAUGAAGGAUGAAAGGCUAUCUGUGGUUUUAUAUGGCAGAUGGACUUAGAGUUGGAUGGUAAAAUAAAUUGGUAAUUGGUAUGUAAAAAAGCCCAG